AGCUCCGCUCAUUACGCCCAGAUUACAUUCGGAGAAGGGGAGCUGGGCUGGGCGUCCAGAGAGGAGGAGCUGUCACGCUCCACCCGUUUGGCUGGCAUUGGCAAGAUACACAUCAAUCGAAAAUGGUUAGAAAUGCCACUAGCCGUGCACAACGUACCGCAUAAUGUAACACAAGGCAUCUAGUAAAAGGGUAAAGACAAGUUUCAGUUCUCGUAUGUGCGCGACCCUUGCUUACGAUCUGUACAACCAGAAGAUGUUUUAAUGUUCUUUUCAGCCGUUUUUAGUGGAUCCUGAAAUCCACUCUAAAGUAGGAGGAGUCUGGUCAAAUUAAAAUCUCAAAUGGAAGUGACCUGACAACUGUGAAAAGCAUAGAAAAUGAAUUCAAUAUGCUGCAGCCCAUACAGCACAUGUAUACAUUACACGGGGAGUCUUUUGCCAUACUGACGCAUGCGCAUAUGAUUUACUCAUCCCAAGUGUUUGAAACUACACGGAGAAUCUCCACGUUAGAGUCAAGUAUAAAUGUUAUGCACGGUGAUAUAUCCGAUGUUUGUUUAAACUAACAGGGGUGGUCUAAACAGUUUGCCAAGGUGGGUAUUCUGACCGUUCAGAUGCGUUUUGUUUUUGGCCAUUUAAGGAUUUCCCCCCACAAAUUUAAAGUACAAAGUCGUAGUUAAAAUGCUGAAUACUGCCAGCUGGGACCCACUACACAUCACUAACUAUGUAGGAGAGUACUUGGACUUGGUUGAGUCUUUGCCUUUCGACCUACAAAGAAACGUGUCUCUUAUGAGAGAAAUGGACUCCAAAUACCAAGAGCUCCUCAAAGAGUUAGAUGAGGCCCAUGAGAAACAUGGCCUGGAAGAAGACCCCAUCCAAAAAAGGUGUUUGCUGCACUUUAUCCAAAGAGCCCUUAUCCGAAGUCAGGAGCUGGGCGAUGAGAAGAUCCAGCUCGCUAGUCAGAUGGUGGAGAUGGUGGAGAAUCGAAUCCGGCAAGUGGACAAUCUUUCUGAGCUUCUGGAAGCCCGACAUGAAUCCCAUGAAAGUGUGACGGCUACCACCACAUCUUCCAUUAUUCCCAGUAAGAGAAGGGAGGAGGAGAAACAAAGAGAGGAAUCCCUUGGUUCCAUAGAUAUACUUUCUGGGGCUAACAAACGCUCCAGACGUCAGAAAAACAAUAAUGAAACUCUGGAGAACAUCGCCACAGUUCACCAUGAUGAAGGGAUCACCGUUGGCAUUGCCAGGGAGAAGCGGAACAAAACCUCAAAGAAGAAAAAACGGUCCAAAGCUGACAGAGAGCCUUCACCUACAGAUCUACCUAUUGAUCCGAAUGAGCCUACUUACUGCUUGUGUGAGCAGGUGUCAUUUGGAGAGAUGAUUGGUUGUGAUAAUGAUGAAUGUCCAAUUGAAUGGUUCCAUUUUUCAUGUGUUGGGCUUAAUCACAAACCCAAAGGAAAAUGGUACUGUCCAAAAUGUAGGGGAGACACAGAGAAAACCAUGGACAAAGCCUUGGAAAAAGCAAAAAAGGAGAGGGCAUAUAAUAGGUAACCCAUAAUGGCUGACCUCAUAAGAACUGCUCAGAUUUAUGCUUUAUUUUCGGUUUUAUCCGGAGACACCUAUCAGAUAAUCACUUAGGAAGUAUCAUCCAAGUGAUUGAAAUCUCCUCUCUCAGAGGCAGAAAUCCUUUUUUUCAAAAAGCAUUUAAUUGAAAUAUUCAGUUUUCAAAUGGAAAAAUCCAUAAGUCUUUAGUCAUGUGGUAGGUUGUAUUGUUUUUGUGAAUAACCAUUCUUUGUUAGUCGCAUGCAGCAUGUGGCUAAUGUAUGAGAAGCUAGUUAUAAAAAGCUUUCACAUACAAUAAACAUCUUUGAAUAAUUUA